CAAAAUAUGACCCGACUUAAACUAGUGUCUGAAAUUGCAAAACUACUAAAAAAAUCGUGUAUUAAUCUGCCAAAAUUGAAAAAGUUGAAUUAAAUAUGUGAACCAAACGCUCAGGAGCGGCGCGUGAUCCGAAAGCUUUUCAGCUAAAUGAGGAAAUAGGGUAGUCCACACACUCUCUAACCAUCGUUUCGAUCAGAUUUCUGGAGCUGAACUGUGCAUAUUUACAAUCAAUCAAGGUUUAGUAGAAACUUUUUGGAGAAAACAAGCUUCUGAAGUUCAUCUACUACCUUGGUGGUUUUGUUGGUGGAGCUGGUGGUGGCGGCGGUGAGGUAGAAGAAAUCCAAUUCACGAUGCCGGAAAACCCUAGCGCGGAUUCACCAGCUGUCGCCGCCAGCAUCGCCACCGUCAAGCGUUAUGCUCCUCCAAAUCAACGGAAUCGAUCUCUUGGCCGUCGUAAAUCUGGAGGGGAUCGACUCGAACGGGCAAAUAGCUAUUUGAAUGAUGGAGAUAGGAACCCCCUUGGUGCCACCAAAAGUGGUCCCAUAGCAGAUCACAUGGAUUCUUCUUACAGCAAUCGUGCCAAUGAAGCUGUUCGUCCUAAGUUAAUUCCUUUAUAUGGGUGUUGCAACAGUGAGGCUGCACAGCUUCAUAGCACCCGUUGGAGAGCUGCCAUGAAUGCACUGAACAGUUUGCCAGAGGAUUCUGUUGAAAGGCCAGUCAUGUAUUCCAGUAAGCCUAAGGCCUGGGGUCAAGCAAUUCUUCCACACCUGCUGAUUCAAUCUGCUAGUGGGGCGCCUUCAGAUUUGCAGAGGGAUUUCUUGAGUGAACUCCGUCAUGCUAUGCACAAUGCAAAUUCAGGCCCCAAUGCCUAAAAUUGGUGCCCGUAAUAUUAAUUGCAAUAAAAAUGUUCUACAGAUGUGGGGCUUCCUUGGAGCCGAUUAUGUUUGCAUUUGUCUGUUUGCUGACUACACCAAAUGACACGCUGCUUGUUAUCUGAUGUUAUUGCAAUCUAUGUGCCAAGCACAAGAAAUCCUAAUGACGACUCUUCAAGUUAUGCACGUGUGUUGAUUUGCUAGUAUGUUGUGUUAUUAUAAAUGGUAGACAUGUAUGUUACAAUGGAUAACCUAAACUGACAGUCUUGUUUAGUAGCAAGUAUGUUGUCAUAAAAUUGUUGAAGAUGUUUCUUUCUACUUUGUACCUUUUUCACUUUUGCCACGUCAUGUCCUCAGUUAGAAGCGUGCAUAUGGUUGUUCGAAUUCGUCUAAAAUAAAAUUCUACUGUGGCAGUAGGUGAAAUGAACUUAAUUUCAUUUACAAGAAGCUGAAAAUGGAAAACCAUAUUUGCAGCUGAAAGUUUUGGUUCUUGAUUGAAAAAAUUGUGUAUGCUUUUCU